AUGGAAAGACAUAUUUUAAUCUUUCAUGAUAAAUGGGUAUCGACAGAAAAGAAACGUUUAUUAGUACAUUAUAUGCCUUUAGUUAUACUUGUUCUCUAUUGUCUUAUCUAUUAUAGUGUGAUCAUACUAUUUCCACCUUGCAAAAAUACGUUCGAUGAUUAUUUCAUGAUUUGUGUCGAUGCUUGCUUGUUUCAACUUUUUUCACUUUAUGCGUACGAUACGAUUGUUCAUCAAGUAAUAUCACAUUUAAUUAUUGUUGGAUUUAGUAUAGGUUUAUUAAUACGAAUUCGUUGGCAAAAACAUCGUGUAGGUCAAUCGUUAAAAUGGCGAAAACACUGGAAAAUGACAGUUCAAUUGUUGUUUGUCUCGAUUAUUUACCUUAUAUUUGGUUUGCCAUUGACACUAUUACAUCUUUUGUCUCUUUGUGGUGUAUCAAAUUAUGUAACAGUUGUAUUUUCACAAUAUGCACUAUUUUUGAAUUAUUGUACAAUUCUUCUUUGUCCAAUUGCUUCUGCUGUAUCAUUACCUCAAUUACGAAACGAAAGGAAGAACUUCUUACGAUUACGAGGUCGAGGAAGAGCUGUUGCACCGAUAACAUAG